AUGAACGCAACCACCGUGCCAUCCAAAGCCACCAUUCAAGGGUCGUUCCGGGCUGCGUCUACGACACGGACGUACCUAACCUACCAAAAGCAGCUCUUCCUGUUUUGCCAGGAAGUUCUGGCUGUUGAUCCUGUGUCCGCAGGGCCAAGUGCUUGCACGGACUUCUUCCACCAUCUAUACGGUCAGGGCAAGACAGCUCGCACCGUUGACUCUGCCAAAACUGCUCUUGUCGCAUACUUUCGAGACCUCAAGGUCGACCCCAACCCUGCCCGAGACGUCGAAUCAAAGCAGUACGUUGUUGGACUGCAAAAGUACAACAAGAAAAACAACAUCGACGACGAAAAAAAGGCGCACCCCCUCUCUGUGCACGAGCUAUCGUGCCUGGUCAACUCACUUUCGACAAGCCACCUCAUUGUGGGUGUCAUGUACCGGUUCUUCCUGAGUGCGAGCUACUUGGGCUGCUUCAGGAUCAGCGAAAUGCUCAACUUGACGUGGGAUGAUGUUGCCAUGAAGCACGACGGCGACUCCCAGUAA